UAUUUAAAAAUGUCAUACCCUUCCAAGGUAACCCUGCUGGGAUCAGUUAUCUUCACAUUCCAGCACACCAAGCAUCUGGCAAUGUCAAAGCAUAAUCUUAUGUUCCUUUAUACCAUCUUUAUUGUGUCCACAAAGAUAACCAUGAUGACUGUACCACAGACUUCUACUAUGCCUUUUGCUUCCUUUGAGGAUAUAUUGAGCCGGAUGCUGUUUGGCUGGCCACAGCUGUUUUCGUCAUGUGAGAAGAAAAGUGAUGCAAAACCGUCUUCCAAUGGCACUGAUACCUUGGCCUCAAAACCUGUAGACGUUGCCUCAGAUAACAUUAAAAGGAAAUGUACUAAGAAUGAAUAAAUUUAAUCGAUGAGCUCUA